AUGCGGUUGUCAUUGAUUAGGCGCGCAACGAUUUCACAAAUACAAAAACUCAUCAAAGAUGAUCUGAACAUCUUGAAAGUUGAUAAAUUUGUUUUGAAUGUUAAAGCUGGCUCUGGCGGAUCUGGUUUGGCGAGAUACGAUGGAGUAGGAGGAAAUGGUGGAGAUGUUUUCUUUGUUCCCAAGCCAUCUCUCGCUUUCGCAGAUAUCAAAAGUCGUUUGAAAAAUAAAAUGAAAAUUCGAUCAGAUAACGGUGGGAAUGCUACAAAAACUACACUGAUUGGACAACAUGCGAAGCAUCAGUUUUUUGAUGUUCCAGUAGGAAUCGAAGUCGUGGACCGAGAUAAUAAUGUACUUAUUGCUAGAUGUUCGAAACCAUUUGGUCGUUAUUUGAUUGCACAUGGUGGGCAAGGAGGUUAUGUGAAAACAGGAUAUAAGGGAGCAAGAGGCGAGGCAUUGGAUGUCGAAAUUCAUUUGAAACUGCGCCCUAAUAUCGGUCUUCUCGGAUUUCCAAAUGCUGGAAAAUCAACACUUCUCAAAGCUCUGGUACCAGAAAAAUCGGUAAAAAUUGCCGAAUACGCCUUCACUACAGUCCAUCCUCAAUUAGCAUUCUACAAAAGCAAAAAUGAUAAUAAUAGCUCUCUUCUAGAAGAUAACAUGUUUACUCUAUCUGUCGCUGAUCUACCUGGAAUCAUCGAAGGAGCAUCGCAAAAUCGAGGCAAAGGAUACAAGUUUUUGAAGCACCUGGAGUAUGCCGAUGUCAUAGUUAUGAUAAUUGAUAGUCAAGGAUUUCAGCUGAAAAACGAUUUGGACUGCCCAUUUAGAACCCCACUGGAAUCAGUUUCUCUACUCAAUAAAGAACUAGAGCUUUACGAUCCAAAGCUAGUGAGGAAGCCGGCUAUUUGUAUUCUGAAUAAAGCGGACACUUUAGACGAAAAACAAAAAAAGGAAAUAUCUCUGCUCAUAUCGUCACUAGGAACUCAAAAAUGGGUGGAUGAUGUUCCGGAAGACUUGCGUCCCAAAACGCCAAUGAAAUUCGAGCAUGCUAUCCAACUCAGUGCUAAAAGUAAAGACAUCGACGAAUUUAAAAAAAUACUGACACUCAUGCGACAUCAUUUGCACACACUCAGUGAUAUGAAAGAAAAUCCGGAGGAUCGUAGAGCAACUAACAAUAGAAACAACAACCAAAAAGGGGAAAACCACAGAUGCAGAAAUGCAUGGCAAAAAAUAUUCGAGCCGGGAAAGCAUAUUCUUCGAAUCGAUGGAGCUCCUCCUCAACAAUGCUCGCGGGAAGAUUUUGAGAGAGUAAAACGCGCUGGAGUGAGGAAAAUACCGGAUGGUACGCUGGCUGAUCCUCGCGAACAUCAGGACAGUAUGAAAAACUCAAUUUAUCACGAUGUCCGCCUUCGGUCCACAAAUCGCUAUCUUCCUCUUCCUCGCUUUCGGAUCGAUUCAAAUUACUGUACAGUUCCUCCAAAACGAGAAGUUUCUUUGUUCAAUAUGGACGAUAAUUGUACAGAAAUUCUCUUGAAAGAUUUUGCUCAAGCAUGUGGAGAAGUCGAGAAAGCAUACGUCUGCCAUCAUCCAGAAACUCAAAGACAUAUGAAAAUGGCAUAUGUAGUUUUCAAAACUCCAAAAGAGGCGAACAAUUUUUGCAAUAAGUAUGAAACACAAAAUCUACUUGCUACAAAAUGCACAUGCAAAAUCGAUCCUUUUCUAUCUUCGCUGAAUGAUGCUUAUGAAAAUGCAACCAAGUGUCCACUUCCACAACUACCUCGUGAUUUGGCCGCUAUAGACAACACCGUCUUGAAAGAACUUCGAAAUAGCUUCCUUCGUGGAAAAGAGGAAAUAUACGAAGAAGAAGAAGAAGAACCAUACGUUUCGGAAAUGGACCCAAAUGUUACAUCAACAUCUAAUUUUGUUAAUGAUACCCAAAAUUACCAAACAGAAAUGGACCUUGGUUGGAUUAAACUAAGAUUUUCACCAGUUCAACUAAGCUUUUCUUCAGAACCAUCGCCAGAAGUACCACCGCCACCGCCACCACCGAUAAGAAUUCCAUCACCACCCCCUCCACCGCCUCCAAAACCGUUGACGAUGCCUCCUAUCCCCAUUCCGGCGCCCCACUAUGGUCAUUUUUUACCAAGUUCCAGUUCAAUGCCAGAAUUCUGUCCGUCAGAUUUAAAAGACGAAAUGAAACAACCCGCGGUACCGCUAUCACCUACUCAAAAUAGCUCUGAAAGUUCGGCUGAAAAUCUUGAUAUCAAUACCGACGUUAAAACGCCAAAACAAUUUCGAUUCGGUGGAUGGAUGCAAAAAACACCGAUGGCCAAUAACGUUCUUAAAGAGAUGAAAAAACGCCUUUAUUGUGAAGAAGAAUUUGAGCCGACCCCCAGACCUAAAGACGAGAAGCUGAUGCAUAUCGAAAAUGAUGCAUUUCUCGAUGAAAAUUUCAAAUCUCCAGAACCACCACCAUCAUAUUCUCGUGAAGAUCCUUACCGGAGUAGUAGCCGGGUGUCAAACUCUCGUAGACGACACCGGUCUGGAAGCUCAUCGGACGAAAAAGAACAGUCCCAACGGAGUUCCAGUAGAAGGCAUCAUCGCAGGACAGAUUCGAGUAAUCGAUCUAUGGAUAACGGAGAUGAUAAAGGUGUUGUGAAAGAAACGACGGUGAUCAAACUGGAAAAGCGCAGUAUCAAAUAUGGAUCAGGAGAAAUGUAUGAGCAGGUUCACAUCAGGAAAAGAACGGCCGUGAUACGAGGAAAAGAACAACAAUUGGAAGAUAUAUCUUCAGACGAAAAUAAUUCGGCUUCUGUUUCCGGUUCUACAAGUACCAGCACCACUGCAACCUACCCAGACCUCUCUGAUGAAGAGAGGAAGAAAAAAAAGAAAUGUACUUCUCCAAACGGACCGGCUAAAGGAGCUAAAGCAUUUGGGUGGUCUGACAUUGAUGAAUCUGAUGAUGACAAUAGAAUUCGAAGAGGUGGAAGAUCGAAGAAAAAUGAAUCGGAACGGAAGUCUCGCCUACUGACGUCGUCAUCUUCGAAACGAGACAUUUCGAAUUCGCAGGCUAGUAGUACCCCGAAUCUAAAAUCUUCAAGAACUCCUCCACCUCCUCCGCCAUCAAGAGGGCACCCGCUACAUCCAAUGCAGCAUCCAAAUGCUUAUCCGGUCCAUCAUCCACAUCAUAUACCACCGCCACCGCACAUGAUGCCUUUCUACCCGAUGCCUCCACAUCAUCUACCUCAUGGACCGCCUGUCCCAAUGAUGAUCCCUCCAGCAAUGAGUAAUAAAGGAAUAGCCAAUUGCGAUUUUCGUCAACCACCUCCCGGAUUUAUUUCAUCAUUCACAACAUCGUAUCCUCCGGUUCCUAAUAUUCCACCUCCUUCCGCAAUACCGGUCCGAUAUCAAGCUCCACAUCUUCCCCAACCUGGAUUGGUCCAUAUUACCUCUUUGUCGGCAAUUCCAGACGCCGCUGAGGGCGUUCCAGGACCUCCAUCCUUGCGUCCUUCCCAAAGAACUGAUAGUAGUCGUAAUUCGGAGUCGCCCGAGGGGCAUAAUAUCACUCUUCAACAAAGAUUCUCACAGUUAUUCGGCGCAAAGAAGGAAGAACAAGCUCAGAGUUUUGAAGUUGAAAGAAGAGAGUAUGCUCCCAGGAACUUUGAACCUCAAGAUGAUCGACAUUCUUUGGAAGAUAUGGAUGUUGAAGUUUCUAGUGAUGGAGAAACUAAUUCACAAAUAGAAAGGAGUGAAUGUAUGGAGGAAAAGAGGCAACAGAUGAUGGAACGUAUCAACGAAAUAAGAGCUCCUAUUGUUCAGUCUUGUCAUAAACAAAUAGUGAAUGAACUUCAAUCAAAAAUCAGUGAUGAUCUUCGGCAACAAAUCAUGAGGCAAUGUAUGGCUCAUUUGGAUGAGAAACUUCGUUUGAAAGCGAUAGCAGAUGUGGAAAAAAUGAAGCGGGAGCGCGAAGAAAAGGCGAAACAAGAAGUAGCGAAACCAAAUACCAACAUGAUUGCAGAGUUGAUGACUCUCUACACCAAUCAGUCAUUUGCAAACAUAGGACGUCGUAACAUCGUGUAUAGAAAGCAAAAGCCGAUACCAAAGCGCAAACACACUCGGAAAGAACACCAUCAUGACCAGGAUGGGCUAUCUUCGCCUCGUUCGCCUCGCUCAGUGAACUCUUCAAGAGACUCCUCACCGAUUCAACGUUCAAGGCGAGUGUCUUCGUCGUCUUCCAAAUCAUCGCUAUCUAAAAGUUCAUCCGAUAAUUCUGACGAUUCUGAUGCCGAGGAAUCGCCCAAGAUCAGAAAACGCAUUCCAUCAGCGUCAAGUUCGGAACAAGCAGAAAGAAGGUCAUUCAGUUCUACAAGUCUUCGUAGCGGCAAUUCGGAAAAGCGUUUAUCGGAACUGUCGGGCUCCGAAAGAUCGUCAUCCGACAGUGAGCUGGAUAUCAAUGAAGGCAAUAAAUCUAGAAAGCGAAAGUUAGUGGCGUCCAGUGGAGAAGAAGCAUCGUCAUUUUCUAGCAGGGACAGUAGUCCGGAACCUGCUGAAGAUCUAGAACCACUAGUGAAAAAGAUUUCUAGUCCAUCUGAAUUUUCCUCAAACAAAAUUGGAAUGGAGCAAGAAUCUUCUGCAACAGCAAACGGUCCAAUUCUCGAAGAAGCGAUCACCUCUGGUCCACUCACAUUAGAUUCCAGUUAUCUCUCUUAUAAAAUAGUCAACUGGGAGGAAGCCAACCGCUCGGUUAGUAAUCUACCAGGAAACAGUAUACGUUCAGAAGAAUAUCACCCAUUCACCACGGAACACUGUUAUUUCAAGAUUGAACACAGGAAACAUUCGGAAAUUCAAAUUUUCGACAAACACCCAGAGCUGCUAGAUGGACAAAAACCUUUGAUAAUAUCUCCAGCUCCUUGGGGAGGCAUGCCUGAUUUCGGCAUCGAAGGAACAGGACCGCUAAUUUACAUGGAUUCUGUGGAUGAUAAGCCAGCUACAAACGAUUUUCCUCGAAAGAAACAGAAACCGAGAAAACAAGUUUUCGAAAAAGAUUACUAUGAGUUCAAAGAACCAGAAAUCAUCAAGCCACCAGCUGCUCCACGGCCCAAGAAAAUUUAUAAAGAACGCACUGCCGAAGAGAAAAAGAAAAUUGUUCAUGAUUGUGCUAAUUUACCCGAUCUAGAAGAUCAGUGGUACAUGCGUAGUGUUCUGAAUCGUAUGCAGUCUAUCAUGCCUGUUGAAGAGUUACCAUGGAAGCGGAUAUUGGCUUUCAGAGAGAUGAUUAUGCCUGAAGAGCCUGUUUUGAGAGUCAAUCCGAUCCGAUCGAAAAAAGGACUGCCGGAAGCAUUCUACGAAGAUCCAGAACUGGACGGAGUUAUCCCUGUUGCAGAAGGAUGCGCACGAGCUCGUCCGUACAAAAAGAUGACGAUGAAACAAAAAAGAAGUCUUGUUCGUCGUCCGGAGAACGAGUCACAUCCAACGGCAAUAUUCAGUGAGAGGGAUGAGACUAUAAUGCGACAUCAGCACGUGGCCAACAAGGAUAUGCGAUUGCUUCAACGGAGACUUCUCGCUACACUUGGAGACACGAACAAUGACUUCUUCAAAAUCAAUCAAUUAAAGUUCCGCAAAAAGAUGAUCAAAUUCGCCCGCUCUCGUAUUCAUGGAUGGGGACUCUACGCUCUUGAAACUAUUGCACAAGACGAGAUGAUUGUGGAAUACAUUGGCCAAAAAAUUCGUUCACUUGUGGCAGAAGAACGCGAAAAAGCAUACGAACGGCGUGGAAUCGGUAGCUCAUACUUGUUCCGGAUCGACGAACACUCGGUCAUCGAUGCAACGAGAAGAGGAAAUUUCGCUCGUUUCAUUAAUCACUCUUGUCAACCCAACUUUAUGCCAAGUCGAACAGUUAUCCAAAAGGGUGAUGAGAUCACAUACGAUUACAAGUUUCCUCUUGAAGAUGACAAAAUCGACUGUCUCUGUGGUGCCAAAUCGUGUCGAGGAUACCUCAAUUAG